UAUCUGAACUUUAUUAUAUAGGGGGUAAUUCUCAUAAUUCUUUAUUAAAAUACAAGUGUAACAUUAGUAGAUGACAUAUAAUUCUCCCGCCGGACCUAAAUAUUUUAACAUUUAAAUCUUCAGAAACAUGUCGGCAUCACCACCUUUAACUGGAGUUAGGGUUCUAGAAUUUGCUGGGCUUGCGCCAGGUCCCUUCGCUGGGCUUUUAUUAGCCGAUAAUGGCGCCUCAGUUAUCCGCAUUGAUCGAGCUGUCCCUGGCUCCACACACUCAGACAAGCUGCCACCGCCAACCACCGAUGCGCUAACGCGUCACAAAUCAUCAAUUGCAGUAGACUUAAAAGAUCCAUCAGGGGUUGAAUUUGUCAAGACAUUGGUAAAGAAUUCCGAUAUUGUUAUUGAUCCGUUCAGACCCGGUGUUCUUGAGAAGCUGGGGCUGGGACCCAGUGAUUUGAAGGCCGUCAAUCCACGCAUCAUCCUUGGUCGCAUGACCGGCUUCCGCAGGGAUGGGAAGUAUAAAGACAUGGCCGGCCAUGAUAUCAACUAUAUCGCUGUUUCUGGAGCACUGAGUCUUCUUGGUAGAAAGGGAGAAAAGCCAUUUGGACCCGUCAACAUCUUGGGUGAUUUUGCGGGAGGAGGUGCAACGCUGUUCCAAGGCCUAUUACUGGCGUUGUUGGCUCGAGAAAGGACAGGCGAGGGACAGGUCGUCGAAGCAAAUAUGGUUGAUGGAAGUGCAUACCUCGCCACCUUCCCAAGACUUGCCCGCAAGACACCGAUGAUGAAUGGGCCGCGGGGAGAUAAUAUGCUUGACAGCGGCUCCCCUUUCUAUGAUACCUAUGAGACCAAGGAUGGGAAAUACGUCGCUGUUGGGCCUUUGGAGCCUCAAUUUUUCCAUGAACUUGUCAAGGGGCUAGGACUUGAAGGUCGCGGCCUUGAGGAAACUCGAUAUGACAGGUCCACAUGGCCUGAAAUGAGAGAGCUGUUUACGCGUCUCUUCAAAGAAAAAACGAGGACAGAGUGGGAGGGCGUUUUCGACGGCACAGAUGCUUGUGUGACACCUGUUCUUGAUCUUGAUGAACUGGAAACCGACCCAAGCAGAGAAGGAGAUGUGCGCCCUUCAGUCACUUUGACAGGAACGCCCGGUUUGGCCAUCAAGCGCGAUAAUCCCUCGACGAGAGAUCCAGCAACAGGCCAAGGAGAAGGAGUGCGUGGAGACGGAUGGAUAGGAAACUAUUUAAGGCCAAGCCAGGGCGGAGAGAAAGUAUUACAGGAGUGGCUGGGAUGGUCCAAGUCAAAUCAGUAUGAAGUCAAAAACGGAGGGCUGGUAUUAAAGGGCAAGGCAAAGAUUUAGACAGUUGAUUUUGCAGCAAUUAUCAACCGUGUAUCAGAAGCCCCUGAGUAAUGACUGAAUGGUACACAGCCAUUUUCCGUCUAAUCUAAUCCCAUUAUCCCCAUUGAUUGCGGCCACAACACUAUGCCUCCGAUGCCUUUAGUGCUCAUUCUUGCUGCCGAUCAAACUAUCGAGCAGGCAUCCUGGCAAUAAACUCAAUUUCCAUUCAUCAAAUCUGCACUUGUCGGUUUGUUAGCGUAUGGUAUGCGUAAAUACUUUUAUUUGAAUCUGGCUUGCUACCUGUAAGUCCAGCUCUUGGUCUCAGUGCCGGGCUUGGUGGCGGCCCUGGGGGAGGAGAUG